UAGUCAGACCGGCUAAAGCCGGUACAUAUAUAAACGGAGGCUGAGUGCUGAAGUCAGGACAAGCUGGAGCUGCUAUGGGUGUGAGACAGGGUAACUGAGCCAUGCUGCCUGGCUGAGUGUGAGCAAGAGCACUCACCCUCUGACUGGCGAAAAUGACAGCCAUGGAGAAGUGCACCAGCGCCAACGUUUAUACCAAAGUGCCUGAUGGCGGCUGGGGCUGGGCGGUUGCCGUGGCCUUUUUCUUUGUGGAAGUGUUUACGUAUGGAGUGAUCAAGUCGUUUGGAGUGUUUUUUAACGAGCUUAUGGUCUACUUUGAUGAAAGUAACAGCAGGAUAUCAUGGAUCAUUUCCAUCUGUGUGUUUGUCCUUACGUUCACAGCCCCUUUGUCCACUGUACUGAGCAAUCGAUUUGGACACAGGCCUGUAGUCAUGGUUGGAGGAGUUCUCAUUGGUUCGGGCAUGAUUCUAGCCUCAUUUGCACGCAAUGUCAUAGAAAUGUACAUCACUAUUGGUGUGGUGUCAGGACUCGGUUACUGCCUCAGCUUCCUGCCAACCGUCACCAUUUUGUCACAGUAUUUUGACAAGCGCCGGUCCCUGGUUACUGCGGUUGCAUCCACAGGGGAAUGUUUUGCAGUCUUUGCAUUUGCUCCAGCUAUCACUGCGCUCAAUGACCUCAUUGGUUGGAGAUUUUGCCUGUUGACCGUAGGAGCAUUGCAGCUGAACAUUGUGGUCUGUGGAGCCUUGCUACGGCCGAUCGUAAUAAAAAAACAGGAAGAACCCAAAGGUCCUUUAAAAAGCGAAAACCAGGAGGCUACCUAUAUGCUUGAAAAUGAGCAGACGCUCACAUCUCUAGACUCCAUAGAUUCUGGAGUCGAAGUAUCUACCUCACCUAAGAAUGUAGCAAGCAGUACGAAAGCAGAGGUUCUGAUAGAGCCGUCAACAGAGAAGGAGGAAUUAUUUGAGCCAGCGGAACCUAAAAAGAAGGUUCCGCCUCUCCUUGAUUUUUCAGUGUUGAGAAAUCCCAGUUUUAUGUGCUAUGCACUUUUUGGACUCUUUGCCACCCUUGGUUUUUUUGCACCUUCGCUGUAUAUCAUCCCCCUCUGCCUAAGUCUGGGCAUCGACAAGGACCGGUCGGCUUACAUGCUGUCCUCUAUGGCCAUCGCUGAGGUCUUCGGAAGGAUUAGCGCUGGCUGGAUCCUGAACAAAAAGCCAAUCAAUAAGAUUUAUAUUGAACUCAUCUUCGUCAUCCUGCUGUGCCUGGCUCUAGUUGCCUUUCCCUUUGCCUAUAACUUUUCAGCACUCAUGGUUUGUAGUAUAUUUUUUGGCUACAUGCUGGGGACGGUUACAGGGACUCACAUCCCUUUAGUAGCAGAAGAAGACAUUGUUGGUAUCGAGAAGAUGGCAUCAGGGGUCGGAGUCUAUGUAUUUAUUCAAAGCAUCGCUGGGCUGGCAGGACCCCCAUUAGCAGGGAUGCUGGUGGACUGGACAAAUAACUACGGUUCUGCAUUCUACUCCUGUGCGGUCGGGAUGGCACUUGGUGCCGUGUGCCUGGCCUUGGUAAGACCGUGCAAGAAAGGACUAUGCAGGAAAAAGACAACGGUGGCACGGCACGAAUCCAUCACAUGCCAAGAUUCACAAGAAAUGCCAGUAGACUUCCUAGAAAUGGACAUGGGACUGGGCAAAAGCUGUCAGAGCCUCAACGGGAGUCCUUCAAACCUACACCAAUAAUUAGGCCAAAUGAGACUGCAAAAUCAGGUCAUCUCUUCCACAUCAAAAGACAAUCCACACCAAAAAAAAAAAAAAGGGAACACAAAUCAAUUUAAAUGUGAAUGCUGCUUAGGAGAUCAUUCCUCACGCGUGUAUAGCAGCAACGCUGAGCAUGCUGGGUAAUCUUUACACGUAGUGAGCAGCGCUGGCUUGUCUCUCACACCUAGAUACCUUUGCAUGUUCGUUCAUUGUGUACAUGAGUGAUGGUCGACUUUUGGCUGUGCAUAAUGGGACAUGUAGUCCACAACCGCAGCAGCAGGGCUAAAAGGAUACCACAUCAUUGAUGCACGUUACUUGGGACCCUUGCUUGUCUGUGUGAAAAUCCCUUACAAGAUGCAUACCAAACCCCGCAGGAUCCCAUUGGCUGACCAUAAGAUACCCAACAGCCACUGCUGCAUCUUUUAAAGAAACUUAUAGCAUCAUGUGUACUGCUGCAUCUGUCUUUAAUCAGAUACACUGAAUAAUUAUGUACGUUUUGUUUGGUUUAGGGUUUAUUUUUUUUAAUUUUUUUAAUGCAGACCAAAUAUUUAUUAAAUUAUUGUAGAAUAAGCUGCUGAAUGGUAGAUUUUGCUACAGAAGCACAUGAAAAUGAGUAAGAAGGUUUAUACGGUGACAUUUCUGUAGGAACUUUGCAUUUUUUUCCUAUAGUGCCUCAGGUCUUUAUAUUUUUUAAUUCUAGUAUUUAAAUACAAAAAGCAGGUUGCAAUGACUGAUACUGGUACAAAACUGUUCUGGUCAAACUCAUGCCUUGAAAUAAAGAGAUCUUCUGACAUUCAAA